AUGACAACCACCCAACCAUUAAAAACAUCCAUGUUUCUCUCGGACCCAAUCCAAGAAUCGGAGAAUGGAGGAGACAUGGGUGGUCGAACAAAAGGACGAUCGGGAUUGAAUUGGUUGCAAUUAGAACAAAAAUUUAAUGAUUUGAUCGCUCAAUUAAACUCCCCUCAGCAAGGAAAUUUCAGCGGAACCACAGCACAACAGAAACAAGAAUACAUCAAACAACUUGAAUUAAGUUUGGAGGCAAUUAUUGAAGUGGCACUAAGUGAGAGCUCAAUAAUUUUGCAGGAGGGAGAUUAUAAAAAAGCCAUUGUUGGAGGGUUGAAAGCACUUGAAUACAUUCAAAAACUAUAUGGAAAAGACGCGCUGCAACAAGUGGAAGCUUAUUUUCUCCUCUCAAAGGCAAGUCAACAAAUGGGUCAAUUCAAACAAGCAGAGGAAUAUCUUUCAAUUGCCAAUUGGACAUGCAUGAAGAAUAAGGAAAAAUGUUCUCCAAAUCUUAGAGCUGAGCUACAUCAACAUUUUGGAUUAUUAUAUGUACAGCAAGGAAAAGUUAAUGAGGCGGUAGAAAAUAUGUCAGCCAGUGUAUAUUAUUUAUCUCUUGAUCAUGGCACUCAUGAUCUUGUGACUAGUUUUGCGUAUUUCAAUUUAGGCAACGUGUUUGUUUCUAUGCAAGGAAAGUCAGAAAAAGGAAUAUCUUUCAUGAAAAAAGUUGUUGAUAUUUGGUAUGACCAAUUGUCGGCUGUCCUGUUUAAGGGUCUUAACAAAUCAGUUGACGGUGUUUCUGACGUCGAGAACAAGAAAAAGAGUUUCAAAACUUCCCUUCAAGAUUUAGAUGAAGACAAAGUCUCUGAUGCUGAGAAAAUGUUUGAACAUAUCCUUAACACAAUGCUUGAACAAAUAGGAGAAAAUCAUGUUGAAACUGGAAAAACCUAUGAAGUGAGUGGAUUAUAUUUUGUUUUCAUUGGGGAUUGUGAAAAGGGAACACAAUACUUGGAAAAGGCUCAAAGCAUUUUCUCAUACGUACUUGGCGACAAUCAUCAAUUAACAAAAGAAGUGAAAGACAUUCUGGAUACUCUAAGUAAAAGGCAAGAAUAA